GAGUAAACGCGGUGGAUCGAGGCUGGAGGGGUGAGGGUGUUCAAGCUUGUUCUUGUUCCCUUUUCUUUUUCUUUUUUUUUUCCCUCUGAGCUUGUCACCUCCUUCCCUCCCUCCUCCCCUCCCUCCUGCUCCUCUCAGGGUCAGGUAGCAGGCACAACACACUCUCUGCACACCCUCCCACAGCUCCAGGCAGCCUGGAGAGAGAGCACUCCCAUCCUGCACUUCCUCCCCAGAGCCCGCCAGGGUGAAGACAGCAUGGGAGGCUGCGAGCUGUGAGGAUGGAAAAGAGGGUUUGUGUGAUCCAGACUGACUUCCACCAGUACAGACCCACCGUCGCUCUGCACAGUAGAUCCCUGGCACAUGAGCAGGAAAGCUCCCAGGCGUCCGUCCAGCGCUGCGUCCACCUGGAGGAGGCCCGCUGUGAGCUGGAGCGACAGCUGUCGGGCCUCUCCGGCCGCUUGGAGGAGGAGGAGGCCUGCUCGGCCCAGCUGGUCGUCCACAGGGACAGGCUGGAGGUAGAGUGCAGCAGCCUGAGGAGACACCUGGACGACCUGGAGAACGUCCUGACUGCAGCUGAGCAGGACAAGCAGUUCUCAGACAGCGAGGUGAGGAGACUCUCGGAGCAGCUUCUCCAAAGAGACGAGGUGCUGCAGAAGCUUCAGAGGGAGAAGCAGCACUUGGUGGAGCUCAGCCAGCAGGCCAUCGAGGACCUCCAAGCAGAGGAGGAGAAAGUGAACCUGCUGGCCAAAGAGAAAACCAAGCUGCAGCUGCAAGCUGAAGAUUUGGAGUACGAGUUGGAGCGUCUGGAGAAGAGCAGCAGGAAGCUGGACGGUGGUGGCAGAUCGGUUCACGGAGGUUCUGGAGAGAUGGAGAAGAUGAGGAGUGGUCUGGAAGACCUCAUCAAAAGGAAGGACUUGGAGAUCAGCAACACCAGCACCAAGCUGGAAGCAGAGGAGGCCCUCAACAUUGGACUGCAGAAGAGGACCAAGGAGCUACAGGCCCGCAUCGAGGAGCUGGAGGAGGAGCUGGACGCGGAGCGGGGCAUGAGGGCCAAGGUGGAGAAGCAGAGAGCAGAUCUCACCAGGGAGCUGGACGAGCUCACGGACCGGCUGGAGGAGGCAGGAGGAGUCACGGCGUCGCAGAUGGAGGUGAACAAGCGGCGGGAGGCCGAGCUCCAGCGCCUGAGACGAGACCUGGACGAGGCCUCGCUUCAGUCCGAGGCUCUGGCGGCGACUCUGAGGAAGCGGCACGGCGAGGUCACGGCCGAGCUGAGCGAGCAGUGCGAGGCCCUGCAGCGGACCAGAGCCAAGCUGGAGAAGGACAAGCAGAACCUGCUGCUGGAGGUGGACGACCUGGCCGCCACGCUGGACAGCCUGCAGAAGGCCAAGAUGUCGUCAGACGUGCAGAUGAAGAAGCUGGAGGAGCAGCUGUCCGAGGCCAACAGGAGAGGAGACGAGCUGCAGAGGACGCUGACGGAGCUCAGCGUGGCCAAGAACAGACUCUCAGCCGACAACGCGGAGGUGAGCCGGCAGGCGGAGGAGGCGGAGAGCAGGGCCAGCCAGCUGAGCCGCUCCAGGAGCCUCCUGCAGGCGCAGCUGGACGAGCUGAAGAAGCAGCUGGACGAGGAGGUCAAGUCGAAGCAGGCGCUGGGCGGCGGCCUGAGCGCGGCGCGGCAGGAGAGCGAGGCGCUGAGGGAGCAGCUGGAGGAGGAGCAGGAGAGCAAGCAGGAGAUGCAGCGCCUCGUCUCCAAGCUCAACAGCGAGGUGACGCUCUGGAGGACGAAGCACGAGGCCGACGGCGUCCAGUACGCCGAGGAGCUGGAUGAGACCAAGAAGAAGCUGGCGGCGCGGCUCCAGGAGGCCGAGGAGGCGGCGGAGGCGACUCAGGCCAAGUGCUCCUCCCUGGAGAAGACCAAGCAGCGGCUGCAGGGCGAGGUGGAGGAGCUCUGCGUGGACCUGGAGAAGGCCAGCAGCUGCGGUCAGGCGCUGGACAAGAAGCAGCGGGUCCUGGAGAAGCAGCUGGGCGACUGGAAGCAGAGCUGCGAGGAGCUGGUGGCCGAGCUGGAGGGCUGCCAGAAGGAGAGCCGGCAGCACGCCGCCGAGCUCUUCAAGCUCAAGACGGCCCACGAGGAGUCGCUGGAGCAGAUGGAGGCGCUGCGCCGGGAGAACAAGGCCUACCAAGAGGAGAUAGCCGACCUGGCCGACCAGCUCUCCGACGGGGGCAAGAGCGUCCACGAGCUGCAGAAGGCAAAGAAGAAGAUCGAGAUGGAGAAGGAGGAGCUGCAGGCCUCGCUGGAGGAGUCCGAGGCGGCGCUGGAGGCGGAGGAGACCAAGGUGCUGAGGCUGCAGCUGGAGUUGUCUCAGGUCAGAGGAGAGCUGGAGCGCCGACUCCAGGAGAAGGAUGAAGAGAUGGAAGCUGUGAGGAAGAGCCACCAGCGGGCGGCGGAGUCCCUGCAGGCCAGCCUGGACGUGGAGCUGAAGGGGCGGGCGGAGGGGCUGAAGCUGAAGAAGAAGCUGGAGGCCGACGCCAACGAGCUGGAGCUGCAGGUGGACCUGCUCACCAAGAGCAACGCGGAGCUCGGCAAGAGCAGCAAGAGGAUGCAGCAGCAGAUAAAGGAGCUGCAGGCUCAGCUGGAGGAGGAGGUGCGAGGCCACGAGGAGCGGAGGGAGGAGCAGGCGGCCCUGGAGCGCCGCUGCGGCCAGCUGCUCGGGGAGGGCGAGCACCACCGGGUGGCGCUGGAGAGCAGCGAGAGGAGCCGCAAGGCCCUGGAGGCGGAGCUGCAGGAGGCCGCUGAGAAGUGCGGCGACCUCAGCAACCAGUUCCAGGCGGCUCUGAGCGGCAGGAGGAAGCUGGAGGUGGACCUGCAGACGCUGCAGCAGGAGCACGAGGAGCUGCAGGCGGAGCUCAGGGGAAGCUCGGACAAGGCCAAGAAGGCCGGCUGCGAGCUGUCGCGAGUCGGGGAGGAGCUGCGGCUGGAGCAGGAGCACUCGCUCCACCUGGAGAAGCUGAAGAAGGGCCUGGAGGGCCAGAUCAAGGAGAUGAGCGGAAGGCUGGAGGAGGCCGAGCAGAUGGCCCUGAAGGGAGGGAAGAAGGUCAUCCAGAAGCUGGAGGGGAAGGUGAAGGAUCUGGAGCUGGAGUUGGACUCGGAGCAGAAGCGUCACGUGGAGACGGUGAAGACGCUGCGGAAGAACGAGCGUCGUCUGAAGGAGCUGCUGUUCCAGGCCGAGGAGGACCAGAAGAACCAGCAGCGCAUGCAGGAGCUGGUGGAGAGGCUGCAGAGCAAGAUGAAGGCCUACAAGAGACAAGUGGAGGAGGCCGAGGAGCAGGCCAACAUGAACCUGGCCAAGUACCGCAAGACGGUCCACGAGCUGGACGACGCCGAGGAGCGGGCCGACAUCGCCGAGACGGCGCUCACCAAGAUCCGGACCAAGAACCGGGGCAGCUUCGGCAAAGGAUACUCCUCCGGCUACAGCACCCCGUGCCCGGGUCUGGUCCGGUCCCCCAGCUCCGUGGGCUCCGAGGGCCGAGGGGAGAAGAUCCUCAACGACGACGACGAGUCCGUCAGCUCCCUCAUCCCGGCCUACCUGGACUCCCUGAAGAAGCUGAUGAUCGACUAAACGCCGCCGUCUCCGGGGGAACCGAGCCUCAGAAACAUCCGAGCGUCUCCGCGGUAGAAUCACGACGUUCAGGUCAGAUGUCGGUGCAGAAUCUAUCUCUUAGCGCGGAAACGACGGCUCUGGUGGGAGUCUG